AAUCUCGAUUUUAACCAUCUCGAACCCGAAUCCAAAUAACCACUCAAUUUCGAUUUAAACCAAGUGGAGUCUCUCCAAUUUCCCCUUUAUUCUUUAUUUCUAUUUCUCCCUCCCCCCCCUCUCUCUCAAACGGUUUCCCCUAAAUUCGAAAACGUAUCCCAACCCUAGAACAUCCCACUUCGAUUCCUUCGAUUUCCCUUCGAUUAUUCACCGAAAACGUGUGAAUCAUGGUUGAAACUAGGCUGGGUAAGAGAAAGGAUAGGCUUCCUCCAACGGAUCCUCCUCCGCAAAAGAGCGGGACCUCGAAGAACUCGAAGAAGAACAAACCGAAGAACUUGAAGAAGAGAAAAACGACGGAUGAGGAAUCACCGGCGGUUGAAUUUGUUGGAACCGUGGGAGUUGCGGAGGAGAAUGAAGUAGAAGAACCGGCUAAGGAUGUAGAAGAUCGGGAGAAAGAGAAAGAAGAAUCGGAGAAGGAGAAAGAAAGGGAAGAAGAAAAUGGAGACGAAGAUGAAGAGGAAGAAGGAAACAGCGAUGCAUCUCAAGAAGAGAAAGAAGAAAAUGGAGACGAAGAUGAAGAGGAAGAAGGAAACAGCGAUGCAUCUCAAGAAGAUAAAGAAGAAAAUGGAGAUAAAGAUGAAGAUGAAGAAGGAAAUAGCAAUGAAGAAGUAGAGAACAAAGAUGAAGAAGAAAUACAAGAGGAGGAAGAGAACGGGACUCUCCCGACUCCCGAAGAGAACGGGACUCCCGAAGAGAACAGAGGUCAAAACGAAAAUGAAAAUCAAGAAGAAGGAGAGAAGGAACCCCCAUUGGAAGCGGAAUCAGAAAAUGUUGAUGGUGAUGGUGACGGGGUUCUCGGGCAAGGAGAAGAGGAAUUAGAGGCAACCGAGGCAAUCAAACCGUUGAGGAUGUACUUCUAUGAGUCGGAGUACAAGAAACAAAUAAAGAUAGCGACCAAAUGUUUCGUCAAUGACGUUAUGGUUACAUUUGCUAAUCUCAAACCGAAGAUGAGUGAUACUGAGAGGAAGUGGUUUGAGAAGCAUCCACAAUUCUGUCACGUGUUCCACAUGGAGAAGGACUCAAACCACAUGGUCCAAGGAAUGUGGAUGUUGCUAUUGCGGACAGUGGAUGGCUCGAAGAGGAAGGAAGUGUGGUUCAUUGUGAAUGGUGUUCCCAUCCGCUAUGGCCUGAGAGAACACGCUUUGAUCUCAGGUCUUAGCUGCCGCAACUAUCCACUUGGGUAUAAGGAGUUUGGUGAUAGAAAGUUCGUGAAGCGCCAUUUUAAGAAGGGAGAAUCAAUAAGGCUUGAGGAUGUCAAAGCGAAGCUGUUGGCUAUGGGAGAACACAGAGACCGGCUGAAGAUGAUGGUUUUGUUCUUUUUAGGAAGUGUUAUCUGUGCGCAAACGAAAGUAGGAAAAGGCGCCAAAGAUAUUUCUAUUGACAGUUGGGUAAAGCGUCUUGCAGAAGGACAUUCAGUCUUUUUUGAAGAGAUGUAUGAUGUAGACGUUGCUGCGCGUGAUCCAAAUGCACAAGAGGCUGUCGACGAAGAUCAGGAUGACGAAGAUCAGGAUGACGAAGUAGGUGGAGAGGAAGGAGGCGCAAGCCAGAAGAAGAUGAUGGAGGAGUUGAUCAAACAAGUGAAAAUGAUUGGCACUCAGCUAAAGAGAGUUAAGAAGACAAUGGACAAGUUUGAGGAAAGGAUGGUGGUUCCGUUUGAGGCGUUUAUGAAGAAAGCUAUGGAUGAAGGGCAAGGAAGCGGGGAGUGA